AUGGCCAGUCAUACAGUGAGCGAUAAUACCAUCAGUGCAGCGCCCUUGGCUGCUACUGUUGAUGCCAAGAAUCGUACUUCUAUCACUUCUAGCCCCGCAGCUGCAAGUUUGAAAAACGACGCUAUUGCUACAGUGGCCAGCAAUAGAAGAUGGUUUAGCUGGCAUGAGCCUGGGACGUCUCCCGAGGAAAAGAAGCUUAUUUUCAAGCUUGAUUGGUUUAUGUUGAGUUUCGCAUGUCUCAUGUUUUUCAUCAAGCAGCUCGAUCAAAAUAAUAUUUCCAAUGCUUAUGUAUCAGGAAUGGCGGAUGAACUCGGCUUCGGUCCUGGGAACGAACUCUCUUGGAUGAACACGUACUUCUCCGUCGGCACUAUCUUGGGUGGUCUUGUUUCCAACUUGAUCAUCACCGUAGUGCGUCCUCGAAUCUGGCUCCCAAGCUGCCUUUUAACAUGGUCUGUCUUCGUGCUGGCUCUGUUCAAAUGUAACCACGCCUAUCAAUUCUAUGUUCUUCGGUUUUUCAUUGGUGUAUUUGAGUCGGCUGCUUGGCCUGGUGUUAUGUACUGCUUGGGUUCCUGGUAUCGCAAGAGUGAGCUAGCGCGUCGAAGUGGUCUUUUUGUUAUGAGCGGCGUUCUCGGCCAGAUGUUCUCUGGAUAUCUACAAGCUGCUUUAUUUACUGGCAUGCAUGGCAAAGGAGGUAUGUCCGCUUGGCGAUGGUUGUUCAUCUUCGAUUUUAUCCUCGCCAUCCCAGUUGCGGCCUAUGGAUUUGUCACCUUCCCUGAUACUCCACAUACUACUAGAGCUUUCUACUUUGAUGAAUGGGAAAGAGAAAGGUCCCGUCAGCGUAUCGAAGAGGAGGGCCGUAAGCCCGUGGGAAAGAUGGACUGGAGUGUUAUACGACGAAUAUUUGGCUCUUGGCAAGUGUAUUCGUUUACGGCAGCAUACUCUUUCUGGACUUUAACAUGUGGAAGUUACGUGAUGCAGUACUUUAGCAUCUACUUGAAAAAGACUGGUUUGUAUACGGUACCUGAGAUCAACAACAUCCCAACUUGUAUCGGUGCUGUCAACUUUGUGGUCAUGGUAUCGACAGGCUACAUCGCCGACAAGCUCGGUGGGCGUGCUUUAGUCUGUGGUGUUGUAGGAUGCUGGAUGAUUCUCAACUACUCCAUCCUCACCGCCUGGGACGUUCCUCACAAGCUGCGAAUGGCGGCGUUCAUCAUGCACGGCUGCUAUGGGUGCUUCACACCUCUGAUCGCAGGCUGGGCCAACGAGGCGUGUGGUGGCGACCAGCAGAAGCGUGCGUUUGUACUGAGCUUCAUGGUCUCGGUUGGUUCUGCCGUGGUUAUUCCUUUCCAGCAGAUCCAGAUGGCUUCUGGUGAAGCUCCUGAGUUUUCAAAGACGCAUGGAUGGGGAAGCGCACUGGCUUGGGUUGUGGCGCUGACAUUGUGGACUGGCAUUGGUUUACCAUUGGUACAGAGAUGGAGGCAGAAGGAGGUUGUACAUCAAAAGCAAUCUACCAAAGCCAUGUCCCAGACCAUUGUCGUUAUAGGGGUUACCGGAGCUCAGGGAGGAUCCGUGUCUCGAACAUUCCUCCAGCUCCCCUCGUGGAACGUCCGCGGCAUCACACGGAACCCUGGAGGAGAGUCUGCAAAGCGUCUCAAGUCCGAGGGUGUUGACAUCGUCCAAGGCGAUCUGGAUGACAAGGAAUCCUUGAUUCGGGCAUUCCGAAGUGCUCACGUUAUCUUUUCCAACACUGACUUUUUCGCCCAUCUGCAGCAAGCAAUGGCCCAACCGGAUAGAACCAAGAGCCGCACAACACUCGAGUAUGCCUACGAACGAGAAGUUGGCCAAGGCAUUAGAAUUGCAGAAGCAGCAGCAGACCCUUCAGUCAUCAAGACUCUGGAGCGCUUCGUCAUGUCAACACUUAGCCAUGCCACCAAAUGGAGUGGCGGAAAGUACAAAUCGGUCUAUCAUUUCGAUAGCAAAGCCGCAAUGAUCAAGGCUACAGAGGAACGUUUCCCUGGAGUAGCAGCCAGAAUGAGCACCGUGACCAUCGGGCAUUACGUCACAGUUUGGAAGCUUUUUGACAGACUAGCCCCCAAGCUCCAGCCGGAUGGUAGUUACCUCGUGUCCAGAAACACACCGCCGGACUUCAAGAUGCCAUUCAUAGUCACAGAGCGAGAUACAGGCGGUUUUGUGAAGGCAUUGGUUGACCUGCCACCUAACAAACAUAUUAUGGGCGUCUCGGAGGAGAUGACCUUGCCUGAAUGGAUAGAGAUAUGGGGUCGUGUUAAUGGCGUGAGAGCGGCGUACAAGGAGAUUUCACGAGACGAAUUGUUUGAAGGCGUUCCGGAGGACUUUGCCAAGGAGAUUGGGGACGGUUUCGAUUACUUCCAUGAGUUUGGUUUGACUGGUGGAGAUCUAGCAAUUUUGCAUGCAGACCAGCUUGGGGUUAAAGUUCCGGUUACCUCGAUGGAGGAGUACAUCAGAAGUGAAGACUGGUCUACAGUUAUCCAGUAA